AUGGAAGUAAAGCAAGAAGUUUUAGUUAUCGGAGAAAUUUUAUACGCAAAAAAAUUUUAUGAAGAAUUAAAAGGAAGAUAUAUCAUUAAGGUAUUUGAUUCUACAAAAAAAGAAUUUCUCGUCGAGGCUACAGUGAAAUAUGAAAACGUGUUUAUAGAUAAAUUUGAUACAGAAGUUCUUGAUGCACUCUCACCUGCUGUAAAUGUAAUAGUUGUAAUCGGUGAUUCUUCUAAACUUGUUGAUGUUAAAGCUGCUACUGAAAAUGAUACUGUUGCCUCUCUUAGUUCGACUAAAGGUUCGACCAAAGAAGAAUUAGAGAAAUUAGAGCUUGAAGCAUUAAACAAUCUUGAUUUUGCAUUAAUCACUGGAGUACCUAAAGAUCCAGUAAACAAAAUCGAGGAAGUAUCAGAAAUUGCUGCUAAUAAGGCCAUUAAUUAUAUUAACGAAAGUGGUGAUAUAGUUGAUCUAGAUGUUACGGAUAUUCAUAUUUCAUUGUAA